AUGCAAUUACGUAUCCUCACAUUGAAUAUUUGGGGUGUGCGCUAUUUGGCGAAACUUAUUGAUGAACGUCUCCAAGCAUUAGUUACUCAUUUAAUUAGUCCAGAAGUUAAUUAUGAUAUUAUUGGGUUACAAGAAGUAUGGAGUAAAACUGAUUAUCUAUAUAUACGUGAUCAUAUAAAAAAUAUUUAUCCGCAUAGUUAUUAUUUUUUAAGUGGACUUUUUGGUUCUGGUUGUUGUAUGUUUUCAAAACAUCCUAUUAUUGGUGUUUACGAACAUUUAUAUACUUUAAAUGGUUUUCCACAUAAAAUUCAACAUGGCGAUUAUUUUGCUGGUAAAUUAAUUGGUUUAUGUAAAAUUUUAAUAAAUAAUCAUGUAAUCAAUGUAUAUAAUACACAUUUACAUGCUAAUUAUCAUCAUGUUGUACCAAAAGAUAUCUAUUUGGGACACCGAGUAUGCCAAGCAUAUGAAUUAAUUCAAUUUAUUGAAAGUACAUCAUCAGCUGAUACAACACAUUUAACUAUUCUUUUAGGAGAUUUAAAUUUAACAACAAAUGAUUUAGGUUUUCAACUUAUUCAAGGUGUACUUCAAUUUCAUGAUUGUUUUCUUGAUCGUAUCAAUAAAGAUAUUUUUGAUCCAACCGUUGGUAAUAAUGGCUUUACAUGUGAUAUACCUGGUAAUCCAUAUGUUAGCCCACAUCCACAUCAUGGUGAAGGUGAACGUAUUGAUUAUAUACUUUAUCGAGGUCGAAAUGAUAAUGUUAAAUGUCUUGAAGCAUAUCCAACAUUACAUAAAGUUCCGAAUAAUUUAAAGGGACUUCAUUAUUCUGAUCAUUUAGCUAUUUAUGCUUUACUCGAAAUCAAUGAUGAAAUUCCCGAAAACAAAAAAAUAAAACCACUUGAAAAUAUGGAAAUAACUGAUGAAAAAACACGAACAUUACUUUCAGAUGCUUGUAUUAUCGUUGAAGAAACAAUUCAACGUAUACAACGUCAACGAAUGUUUUGUACAUUUGGUGUAUUUAUUCUUGUUUUUAUUUUAUUUUCAAUUAAUGGAAAUCCACUAUCAAAUAGUUAUCUUUAUACAAUAUUUACAAUUAUAAAAAAUCUUUUUUGUCUUAUUGGCAUAGCAGUAUCUAUUUGGUUUAUCUGUUUGGGUAAACCUGUUGAACGAAAUGCUUUAAGUUCAAUACAAAAUGCAAUGCGUAUACGAUUACAAGCACCACAUUUUACAUAUUAA